AGGACCUGUAGCAAGAAGGAAAUAUUUCCGAUAGGUGUGAAGGCAGCAUAAAAACAUCUUCCGCUUUCACUCAACAGAAAAUGGAGAGAGUGUUAGAAAUAAACAAGGCGUUAACAAUUUUUUCUUCGUAUUCUUGCAUGGGUUAAAGAGAAGAGACGGCUAUAGGAGGAAAGGGACUGAUCAGGGAGAUUUUAACCAAAGAAAAAGCAAGUUACAUUUUACUUUCGUUUUGCUCGUUGGAGUUGUGUUUUCGGGUGCGAUGGGAUGUUUUAACGGCAAAGAGAGCAAAAGUGAGUGGACUCCGCUUGAGGAGCGCAGCUGCACUGAUAUUCCAUGGCUAAUCGUAUUCACGUUGUUCUGUAUUGGGAUGGCCUGUGUUUGUGGCUAUCCCAUCGCCACAGGAGCCACCUCCAGGUUUAUCUCAGGAUACGACAGCUAUGGAAACACCUGUGGCCAGAAUAACUCAGAGAUCCCUGGAGUACCCUUCAGUGGCAAGGACAUGACAAAAAACAAGUAUGUUUUCUUUCUGGAUCCUUGCAAUCUUGACAUCAUUGAGAGGAAGGUCGAGUCUGUUGCCCUGUGUGUCUCCGAAUGUCCUACUUCUGAACUGAAGGACUACAUAGAGUUAAGGAGGUUUGCUGAAACUAAUGGAUCUCGUCUCUGCUCCUAUGAUAUUUUUCCUGCCAGAUACACAAGCCAUUCAGAAAGAAACACCAAAUGUCCCAAACUCCCUGUUUUAAGAAGUAAGCCAGUGCUUCACCGAUGUGUUCCUGUGAAUCUCGACUGCUAUGUUGACUUUGCUCAGGCAGCCGUCACAUUUGUCAGUGACAACACUUUGCUGCGCCGGCUCGUCACAGGAGUGAUGGAAAGCAAGGGGGUUAUCGUGGGCCUUUGUGUGCUGGCUUUCGCUCUGUCCAUAAUCAUGAUGGUUGUCAUACGUUACAUCUCCAAAGUGCUGUUGUGGAUUCUAACAGCCUUAGUGAUCAUCGGCUCUAUAGUAGGGACAGGAGUCCUGUGGUGGCUUUAUGCGGACCACAGGAAGGCCCUUGAUAAUGGCACCUUAUCAGUGUUUGGGAAAGAAGUGGCCUCCGACAAUGUUAAUGCCCUGCUAGUGUGUGCAAUUGUUUCUACAAUUUUCAUGGUCAUUCUCCUGAUUGUGAUGUUCAUCAUGAGGAAGCGCGUGGCUCUCACCAUCUCCUUGUUCCAUGUGGCUGGUAAAGUGUUCAUCCAGCUUCCCCUGCUGGUCCUGCAGCCUGUCUGGACCUUCGUCUGCCUCAUGCUCUUCUGGGUCUACUGGAUCGCCGUGCUUCUCUUUCUCGGGGCUUCAGGAACACCAGUGGUGAACAGAGGUGUGGUUGAAUAUGAAAUGCAGGGGUCUCCCCAGUACUUGGUGUGGUACCAUGUUGUGGGACUCAUCUGGAUCACUGAGUUCAUUCUUGCCUUCCAGCAGAUGACCAUUGCUGGGGCUGUGGUCACCUACUACUUCACAAAGGAUAAGUCCCAGAUGCCAGCUACUCCCAUCCUCUCCUCCAUUUUACGAACCAUCCGCUACCAUCUGGGGACUCUGGCCAAAGGCUCCUUCAUCAUCACGCUUGUUAAGAUCCCUCGUCUCAUCCUAACAUAUAUCCACAGCCAGCUCAAAGGAAGGGAAAACGCCAUUGCUCGUUGCAUGCUGAAAGCCUGUGUCUGCUGUUUGUGGUGUCUUGAGAAGUGUCUGGCGUACUUAAAUCAGAAUGCUUACACUGCAACAGCCAUCAACGGCACGAAUUUCUGCACCUCUGCCUGUGACGCUUUCCUCAUCCUGGUGGAGAACGCCCUCCGAGUGGCCGCCAUCAACAGUGUGGGCGACUUUAUCCUCUUUUUGGGAAAGGUGCUUGUAGUCUCUUGCACAGCUUUGGCUGGCGUCUUGGCUCUGAACUAUCAGAGAGAGUACACUGUGUGGGUCCUGCCUCUCUUCAUCGUCUGUCUGUUUGCCUAUCUGGUGGCUCACUGCUUCCUGUCUGUCUAUGAGAAUGUGGUCGAUGUUCUCUUCCUGUGCUUCGCUGUGGACACAAAGUACAAUGAUGGCAGCCCUGGACGCGAGUAUUACAUGGACAAGGCCUUAAUGGAAUUUGUUGAGAACUGUAAAAACAAGGGUCUGUUUAAGUCAGGAGAUGGAAAUAAGCAAGAGAUGACGGCCAUGGCACAUUAAAGGACUGUUGCUUAACCAAACAUCAGAAAAACUGCCAAAGCCAUUGAUGAUACCUCUGAGUAUAACUCAGACUUCACCAACAUUUCGUUCCAGUGAAAUGAGUAAGACAGCAGGGACCUUCAUGAGGAAGCUACACAUAACUUCAGCUAAAUAAGCACUGUUGUUUAUUUUUUUUAUUUUUGCUAAAGAGGGCUUGACAAUAAUAGUAAUAUCGCAAAAUCUCAAUUUGAUUUGUUCUUUGCUGUUAAUAAGACGUGUGAACUUUUUCUCUUUUAUUAGCUUUUAAAUAAAAUAACUAAAUAUAAUAACA